AUGUUUCAAUUCACAUCUCUCGUAUCCAAUCCGUUUGCAUUACGGUCUACACCGCCAGAAUCACCCCCAGAGCCGCCCAUCGUGUCCGAAGAAGCCGCGACCGCACCGGACCCGUUCCCUUUCCUUCGCCUGCCUUUGGAGCUCCGUGAACAAAUCUACUCUAUAUAUUUUAGCCCUGCCGAUCAUCUCGUCAAGAGUACCGAACUAGAAGCCAAGGGUUUCUUUGGGGGCGUAUACCAAUGGGACUUUGAUGUCCUCAGGGUAAACAAGCAGGUGUACGAGGAAGCAAAGAAAGUGUGGAGGAGAGAAAAUGUAUUUGUCAAGGUUGCUACACCCUGGCCUUCUGCGGGUAUGUAUAGGGUUUACUUGAUGGCGACAGAAGGGGUUCCAGAGUUACUCGAACACACCGCGACGACACUCAUGAACCACAUCUCAUCCGAGGGUCUCGUACCCAUCGUGUGCACCGACGCCCGUGCCGACGCGUUUACGUCGUAUCAUGCCGUUGUACAGAUAACCGCACCGUUCCAUGGAGUUGUGCCUGAACAUAUGGUCGUUAUGCUCGUGGAUGAUUUGCACCUGUUUACCAAAACGUGGUACUAUAGUGCACUGUCGUAUCCUAUGCUCAAUGAGCGGCUGUCGACUACCUUCGUCCUAAGGAAUCCGUAUGCAGAGUACAACGAUGAAAAGGAAGGCACAGCAGAAGCGCAGGAGGAGCAAGAAGGUCUAGGGAUCCCAAUCUCUCUGCAGCGGAAACUCUUGUUACCUUUUGAACACGUCAAAGGUCUCCAUGGUACAAGCAUACACGGCUACUCCCCCACGGUACGCGAAGAACUUGCUCGCCUCCAAGCCAAACCUGUACCCACGUUGCGCGAAUCCGUUGAAAGCGCUACAGACUUCAUGCUAGCUGGAGACGCCGCGCUCGCAUCCUCGUCAAAUGCCGAUACCAAUAAAGCCGCCCUACAAGCUCUCGAGCUCUACAGAAAAGCAUUCCAUGCAAUCCAUAUUCUGAUCCAUGGACGCACACGCCGCGUCCUCGCAGACGACUUCUUCCACGAUAGCAUAACAUCCGGUCGUUACGCCGGUCAAACCGGGAUAACCAUACGCGUCGUGCUACGCCUCAAACUCGUCUCACGAACCGUUGCAGCAUACAACAAACUCGGUCAAUGGGGUGAGGCUGCCUUCUGGGGCUUUCGCACGGUACAGAUCCUGCAAGAAUCGUUCAACACUGAUUUCGAACAUUUCUUAACCGACUUCAUCGAGGGCUCUGAUUCUGGUUUGGUUUAUGUACGGGCUGGAAUUGCAUUCUGGCAUAUGGAGAAGGACAAAGAGGCUUGGUUGGGAGAGCUGAUUAGUUAUGCUGAUGAGCCUGUGGCUGAGAGUGGUCGGCUCUGGGCGGCGGCCCGGAGAUUUGUUAAGCCUGCUGCGAGGGCAGAUGUAAGGAAAGAGUUGCAGGAUCAUGGUGUACCACAAACGAUGAUCAACCUGUUUAGUGAUGUAGCGACUAGGGAAGAAGCUGUUGAGAGUACCGUAGCUGAUGAUGGAAGUAGUACCAGCGAGGAGUAA